UUCUGACUUGCAGCAUUUGCUAUUGAACACCAGCACAUAGUAACAAUUGCUAACAGGCAGAGCAGAACAUCUACCUGAUGACUGCAUGAUCACUACUACAGGUUCAAGUGUCUUUGCUGCUGCGAUCUAAAAUCAAAUAAGACAAAGGAGGAGGGUUUUUUGAAGAGGAGGCUUCCUUCUUGUCUCUUUCCAGAGGAGAAAAGAUGGUUGAUACUCUUGGACUUUUUUACAUGAUUUGGUGCAUGAUGCUAUUUCAUCCCUUGCAUGCUGAUACCUAUUGUAUGGAACUAGAGACACAAGAAUCACCUAUUAAGAACUUGACAUUGAACUGGAGAAAAAUGGAACUAUCUUGGGAGAGCAGCUUGAAUUUCUCUGAGUACAUUUGUAUUGUGGCCACGAAUAUGUCUUCUAUACAGAAAAAGGUGGAGAGGGUCCCAUGCCGCUUUUCAAUGGAAAUAAACCUGCCUCUCCACAAUGGGGCAGUCUUUACCAUUGAAGUACCAAACACAAACAUUUCAAAAAAAUGCACAUUUAUCCCUGGAGGCAUGCCCGGGACAGCCAUUACAAAUUUCUCCUGCGUGGUUUACAAUGUUUCCCUUAUGAACUGCACUUGGUGUGCGGGCGGGGAUGCGCCAGGUGAUACCCAAUAUUUUCUCUACUGGCAGAACUCAAGAGAAGGAGAAGAGAUGGAAUGUGAGCUUUAUGUUGAAGAUGGAAAAGGGAGGCACACGGGAUGCCACUUCCAAAAUGUGGCGAUAAAAGAUGCAAUUACUUACUUUGUGGUGAAUGGGUCUAGCAAAGACUCCGUGAUCCAGUUCUAUGAUGAGUACAUCGAACUGUAUACAAUUGAAAGACUCACUCCUCCAUUAAAUGUCAGUGCCAAUUGUACUGGUGAACCACAGGGCUGCAUAAUUGAAUGGCAAGAACCCCUUACAAGUCAUGUGGAAAAUAAAGAUUGUUUUCAAUAUGAAAUUAACAUACAAAAGAAGGAUAAGCCCAAAGAAGAGAAGACAGAUCCUCCUGUAAGAGUAAGGAACUACAGAUAUGAAUUUCAAAACUUCAAUGUUAAAAAAAAAUAUAUUCUGAAAAUCAGAGCACGUGGAAAAAACUGUCUUGUAAACUCAAACUGGGGAGAAUGGAGCGACCCCAUUGAGUUUGGUCCAGGAAAAGAUGAUUUUAUUUUUGUGAUUUUAAUUCUGAUAGCACUUGGAACAAUCUCUGCGACAUUACUCCAAUCCUUCCUUUGCAAAAGGUACUGCAGCUCCAAAAGAGUAUUUUCUCCCAUUCCACACCCAAGAGACAAAUUUAACAUAUUAACUGAUGAAGAUAUCCAGAAAGAAUAUGUAAAUCUACCAAAAAAAAGUUACAUUGAAGACAUAACUAUGGUUGAAGAAAUGACCUAACUUUCAAAAAGGAAAAACAAAGCACUUGUAUUCCUCAGCUAAAUGAAAAUCGUACAACCUCCUGACAAUUCAGGAAUAUUCGGUGUGUUAUUCACAGUCCAGUCUAAAAAAGACCUCAAAGCUUUUUUCCAUUAAGAUCUAUCUAAAGGGACCAAGUAAUAAAAACAAACAGUAAGAUUUGCUAUUUUCCCUUUGUUCAAAAACAUGUCUGGCAGCUAGGCAUUUCUGCAAAUGCCUAUCAAGCUUGCUUGAACCUUACUGAGAUUUUCUUCAAAUAAGUAAGACAAAGCACUUCAAGCACAACAUAGCCUAAAACUUGUUAUGAUUUCCCAUCUUCAUUGCUAUAUCUCUUUCCUCUGAUCUUAAAGCACACAAUUGUCCUGUAUGAAAUCAUUGAGAAUGACCUGGUAUUUUCCCAGCUUAUCAUUUUUGUAUAUCCAUUAUGGCAUUUUCUGAAGCAAAACUUAACUUAUUCAAAAUCUGUGUUCAAAACUGCCCUUCAACCGUGCUUGAUCAGCAAUAUAAAACUGUCGCAAAAUACUCAAUAAAUUUUAUUUUCAUUCUUUCUGCAAAACUGAAGAGGGAAACAAAAAACACUUGUCAGAAAUAGCUAUUAAUACUGGGUCACCAAUUAGCCAUGUCAAAAUCCCACUAUUUCAAUGGAAAUGUGAACUUCCACAAUAUUUAUAUGGACUUAAUUAACAUAGAUCACACUGAAAAGUCUUCAGUAUGUUCAAUACAAUACAUUUGCUAGAAUUAUAAAAUAUAAUUGUAAGUGAGCUUUGGUAACUGUGAUUUUAAAUUUAUUUGAAAAUUUCCUCACACCAAUGUAUUUUAUUCCCUUCACACUGUACAGCUCAUACUUCCAUGUUUUUAUAGUAGAAUAUACUUUAGAUGCUGGCUUUUUCUUUAAAAAUUUCAGAUCUUCUUUUUUAUUUUUUCCCCCGAAAUAAAUACACUUCACCAAAUAAUUGUUUCAGGAAGGCAGGAAACAAAUUUUUUAAAAGUCUCAUUUAUUGUUUGCCUCUUGUGUUCCCACACUGCAUAAUCACACAUUGAAAAUUGCUGCUGCAUGACUAAUGAAAGUCAUAUCCUUGAAAAAAAAUGAAGAACACCAAGUAGUACAUGCUGAAAUGCACAGCAGAGGUAUAAAAAACAGUUCCACUUUAAAAAUAACCCACAUUUACAUUGCUUUCUUAUUUGUCCUGCUUAAAACCAAUUCUGGAGAGGGCUGGGGGGGCAUGAAAAAAAUUUCACCCCCCUUUCGAGGGCUGCUCAUGUCACUACGUUUGGUUCUUUCUCAGAGCUGAGGCCACCAUACACUCAGAAAGGUUACACAAGGUAUUGUGUCCUUAUUUCUACCUCUCAAGCCACUGAUACAUAAAAAACCAAGUGACAUUUACACAAACAUAAUAACCUUUCCCCCUAGUCAGCAUAAUCACAACUGAAACAGCAGCUUGAUUGACAAGGCCAAUAUCAAAUGACCUACCCACACCACAUCAUCGAACAAGAUAAAAACACUUAAGAAUUGCUUGCAGUAGGUAUAUGAAGUUUGCUAGUAGCCUGUAUACAAUGUAGCUACAUACUUACAUUCAUAGAGACGCUGAAAGCAGUGCUUGUGCAAUAGUGAAAGGAACUUCACAUCUGAGAGAAAGAUAAUUAUCAGCCAAAGCAAAGUACUUAAUUUAAAUAUCUUAUCUUGAGUAGCAACCUCAGAAGGCACACAAAAACCCUCGGACAGUCAGCCUUCAGUGACUGUUACACAACUUCCCCCUCCACACACAGAUGUGGAGUUUUUUUUGUUUGUUUUGGUUUUUUAACACGAUUGGAAGCUGAACAUCUCAUUUUCUUUUACUGGUCCCCCUAUCUAGUUGCUUAAGGAAACAUAUAUUUGCAAAUUACAAAGUACAAAAGGAAGAUUACGUACAUAGAGAACAGCAUAUAGGUGUUACUAUAUCCCAAAUAACAGAAUGACAAACUGUUUAGCCUGCCUUUAGUCUUCAGACUAGAACUUUACAACUAAUCAGCAUAAACUGAAGGCUGACCUAUCUUUAUCCAUAUUUUACAGCUAACAGAAGCAUACAUAUUCCCCCUAUCCCCCAAUCAACUUCAUCUCUUGGAAUGAACUUUUUUCAGUUUAAAUUCACCAUCCACAGAGGUACUGACUACUGCUAGAGAUCAGUCCAAAUAAGACCCUGAAGGGCACAAUCAGCAUUUCCAAACAGCAGCAACAAAAUAGAGAUAGAUUACUUAGGAGUUGAAGGCGUUUCACAAGGUUUCUGGGUUUUUGCAUGAAUGCUGUGUUGCUUUUUAUUAUUUCAUUUAAUGCUGUUUUACCAAGGGCAAGAGCAUUCCUAACUCAUUUUUGACUACCCUUGGGUUCUCCUUUUAGUACUACAAUAAAAGGUCCUCGUUUUACAAUAUAUGACGGCAAGUUGCAAAUCAGAGUAAGAAUCAUGCAGAAAGCCACUUGCAGCAGCCUAUUAUACACUAUCAGGCACAAAAGAGUGGUUUCUAUUAUUACAAUCCAUGCUCCCCCCCUCCACCAUAAAGGUCUCACAUUCAAUUAUUAUAAAAAAAUAAAAAAAAAAUCAAGCUUAUUCUACUUCAGUGCAGUGUAGGUUUAUCAGAGGUACCAUUACUUGAAACGAACUUUCAGCCAAAAGAGACUUCCCCAAAGCUUAGAUGUAAUAAUUUCAACACAGACAGAGUAAGUAUGUUUAUUGUUUUUACAGCAGAAUGCCCCAAUUUAAGAACAUAAUUGCUAGAUGUUCAACUGUGCAAAAUGGUACAUAGUGCUUCAGUACAAGUGGAAAAGACAUGAUUUGUUAGCAAGUACUUUCAAAUACAAUUUUAUGGUCCUAGAAGAUGGGACUUGAAACUGGGGACUGAUCCACAGGCAUUUUUUUCUGCCUGAAUUGGACCCAGUCACUUUGGACCCAGAAUCAAUGCCACUGAUUUCUCACUG